GCUGCUGGUGUCAGGUCGGAUGUGACCAGACUGUCCGACUCGCACGCCCUUCCGUUUUAGCCAGCUGCUUGGAAGGCGGAAAAUCGCUUGGCAGUAAGCCAGGCUCUUUAUGACCACUAUCGAAGAGGACGAGAUGGAAUACAUCAAUUGGGAAGCUGCCGCCGCUGGCACCGGCUUUGAGCCCAUGAUCACAUCGGAGGGCGUAACAGCCCCUAUUCUCGCCCCCGUUAACACCGUGGCCGGGUCCUCCAGCGAGCCCAAUAUGGAUCUCGUGUUUGAGAAUGUCGAGGGCGACGAUUGGUCAUACUGGGCUCUCGAACACUUCGAGGCCACUCAAGCACCCCAAGAUAUCGACACCUCGGCGGCCCCAGAGCCGGAACCGGUGGCGAAUUCGGCAUUGUAUUGGGAGACACCGGAGGCGCCGUGUACCAAUUGCGCCCUGGGCGGCUAUCAGUGCAAGCGAAUCAGAGAAGGUAAAUAUAGGGGUUACUGUACGAGCUGCGUGGCGCUCCGGCGUGAGUGCAGCUUUGGCCCCUCAGUUAAUAACCUGACCGCCGAAACGGGCGCGACCUUUCCGGCAAACCCCUGGCCCGUAAUGGGAGACAGACCGGAAACGUCUAUCGUCCUGGAGGACGAGCUGGCGGCCAUGAUCACGUCAGCUCCGUCCAUGCCAGGUCUGUUCGCGACGGCAGACGACGGUCAGUCCUCCUCGAGGCCUCAGAAUAUGCCCAAGAUUGGAGCGCGGUUCUCUCGCGAGUCCGUUAAGGUUCUCAAGAACUGGCUGUCGACCCACAGCCGACACCCCUAUCCUACCGAGGAGGAGAAAGAGGGCCUGCAGAAGGUCACCGGCCUUAGUAAGGUGCAGAUCACCAACUGGUUGGCGAAUGCUCGCCGUCGCGGCAAGGUCCAACCAACUCGAGCGACCUCGCCCCACGUCGGUCGAGGAUACGCCCAAGCGAUCGAUAUCCCGCAGCGGAGGGGCAUGCCAGGCUUCUUCGAGAACAUGAACCCCUUGCAGAGAUGGGCGAACUCCCCGCCCGAAAACGAACCUGCGUCUGUUGCGGCCAUUGCCAGAGCCGUGUCGGCUUCUUCCAACUCGUACUCUCAAACAUCUGGAUCCGGCCGCAACAGUCCCUUCAUCUCCAACUAUUCGGACGACGGAUCGAGCAGAUCGUUGUGCAACCAAUCUUCCGCCAGCAGUUUGGGAACAUCCGGCUCUAGUGGCGGUUCGUUCGCGUCCGCUUACUCCAACAAGUCCCACGGGUCCCUCGGCUCAGUGCCGUCAUUUGUCCGAACCCGAGGACGACGCCGCCGGAGGAGAGCCCCCCCGAAGCGAACGGACGAGAGUUCCGGCCAACCAGUCAAGGCAUUCCAGUGCACUUUCUGUACCGAAACCUUUAGAACGAAGCACGACUGGCAACGCCACGAGAAAUCGCUGCAUCUGUCUCUGGAGCGGUGGAUAUGCUCGCCAGACGGACCGAGGGCGGUCAAUCCCGAUAAUGGCAUACUCAGCUGCGUCUUCUGCGGCGAGGCGAACCCAGACGACUCGCACGUCGAGUCUCACAACUUCUCGAGCUGCACCGAGCGAACGCCGGAAGAAAGGACGUUCUACAGGAAGGAUCAUCUCCGACAACACCUCAAACUCGUCCACAACGUCAAGUUUCUAUCGUGGGCGAUGGACAAAUGGCGAGUAGCCUCACCCGAGAUUCGGUCGCGAUGCGGUUUCUGCGGCGUUGUCCUCGACAGCUGGACGAUCAGAAUAGACCACCUAGCCGAGCACUUCAAGACAGGUAACACUAUGGCUGAUUGGAAGGGUGAUUGGGGUUUCGAAGCCCCCGUUCUUGAGAUGGUGGAAAACUCCAUCCCACCUUAUCUCAUUCACGACGAAAGAAACACCCCUUUGCCGAUCGUAGCUCAUAGCUCCUCUCAAAUGGCAUCGAGGAAUGUCUACGAGCUCCUCAAAGUAGAGCUCGACUAUUGGAUGUCGAACUACACCACAGACAAUGGCAACCCGCCAACCGAUGCCGAAAUACAACACGAAGCUUGUUGCAUUAUUUUUGAAGCUGAAGCUGCAUCGGAGCACCUAGGAGGAGGGACACCAUCGUGGCUUCGUGAUCUCAUUAUGUCUUCGGAAGAGCAGACCCGGAAUGCUGCCUUUCGACCGAUGCGGGGCCAAGGCCGGAUAUCCUCGCCACGCGUCAACGGCAAUGGCGAUGUAUUCGAGAACUGCCAGUUCGAGAAACAACUGCAGGAUUUCGUCAAAGCCAAACAGCUAUUGGGCCUGACGGCGAUGGAUCACGAGCUUCAGGUCGAAGCAUGCCAUAUCAUCGGGCGGAUCGAGGAGAAGUCCGGCCUUCCAGUAGAAGGCGUGGCGAACUGGCUGCUACGCCUAAUCAACCAGUCUGCAAAGUGGCUCCAGGCCUUCAGACAGAGGGCACAUCUCCCGCGUAGCGAGGACUUGCAAGAUGUCGACCAGAGGUCGAAAGACCCCAAGACCAUCGACUCUACCGUCCACAACUAUAGCAGACUCGACCGGGAGCUCGGAGAAUACCUUCAAGAGCAAAGGUCGCUGGGAAUUGAGCCUAGCAAUGCUGACUUGCAGCGAAAGGCCCGCAUCAUCAUCUACGAGCUAGACGACGAAUGGAAUCAGACGGCCGCCGACGAUAAAGAUUGGAUUGAGUGUUUCCGGCAAAGAUACCCACGAGUGCAUGCCACUCCCACCACUAAUGCUUGGGUCGGCUCUCCAACCAGUGGCAGACUACAGUCACCACUCUCGCAGAAUCUGCCCUUCGUAAGAGAUUCGGAGUACUUGGGACCUCUUCUGAACGAUACGGCACCCUGUCGAAAACAACACGCCCGCGACGAUGGCGGCAAUGCCAAGCCUUUCGUCAAGACCGGCCACUUCUUCCUCAACGACGCGAAUUGCUAUAACCGCCUAGCUCGAGGCCUUACACGCUACGUCAAAUCCACGAUGUCCCCCAACAACCCCAGUCGGCACGUGCCGACCGACGAGGAGCUCCAGUACCAGGCCCGGUGGCUAGUAUACGACGACGACGACCCGUGGAACCAGACGGCGGCGGACAACUUCGAGUGGCUGCAGCGGUUCAAGCGGGACGCGGGGAUCCUGCCGGCGGAGAGCGGGCCGGGGCUGGGCAUGGACGCGGUGUCGUGGGCGCUGUCGCAGGGGGGCACGGGGUUCGCGCCGCCGUACGUGGCGCCGAACCCGGCGGCGCAGAUGGAGCCGUUCGCGGCGGCGCCGGCGGUGUUCCUGCGCGAGGGCGCGCGGCGGCGGUUCGCGCCGGCGGCCAGCACCGCGAACCGCUUCCUGCGCAGCUUCACCCAGCGCUACCCGGCGCCGGCCAAGGUCUUCUGCAGCCGCGAGCUCGAGAACGGGCUGACGGCGUACGUGCGCCGCGAGGUCGCCGUCGGCGGCGCCGCCGCCUUCCCCGACGACGACCAGCUGCGCGACCGCGCCCGCCAGAUCAUGGCCAUGCAGCGCACCGCCUGCGACGACCCCGUCCUGCUCGAGCGCUUCAAGGCCGCCGUGCGCGAGUCCCUCGGCGCGCCCGAGGCCGCCGCCGCCGCCGCGGGCACCGACGGCUCCGCGCUCCGCCUCGGCACCUCCGCGCCGCCCUUCGCCUCCAGCCUGACCGCAUCCCUGGCUUCGGCCACCGCCGCUACGGCCACCGCACACGCACCCGACCCCUUGCUAGCGUCCGACCCGUUCCUGGCGCCCGACCCCUUGCUGACGUCAGACCCCAUGCUCCUCGAGCCCGAUGUGGAUCUCGACCUGAACCUGACCGAACAGGAGAUGAACGAUAUCCUGCGGGGCCUCAGCCCCAGCACCGGCAGCGGCGCGCCGUCGAAUUCGAGCCCUGCUGGCGCUGGCGCGCCCGGCUCGGCGCCCGGCGCGGGUCGCUGAUCUCGGCGCGAGGGGAGAGAGUGCGUGGUGGCUGGGGGUAUAAUAUAUACCCCCACACACACACAUAUAUAUAUAUGAGUAUACACAUCUAAUCGUUACGAUGGCAUAGAUACCAUUUGGGAACAGUAACAUAAAGAAUUUGGAGCUUACAUGUAUUGUGUAUUACGAAUCUAUGUGUCGACGGGACUAGGAAGUUGACAGGCGGUGGAGGUCGCUGUUAUUAUGCCUGCCACUUGCCUGCAACUAUUAGUCGGGAAAUAUCACAAAUCAACUCCUUCAUAGCUUUCGAUCUUAUCUUAAUUUUACCUCUCUAUUGUGUUUCCUAUCACGCCUUGUGCUGGCGUUGGCCACCUUCAACGAUAAUACCGCUCGUAUGAUAUGGGCUUUGCGCUCCACACGACGCCCCAGACACGACCAGCACAAA